ACGCUCUCAUGAGUGAGCAGCCAGAGGGCCUCCAGACAGUGAUUGGCAGCGAAAGAGACGAUGGAAAGAUCUACGCUGGGAGCAAUCAAUGGCUUGAAAAGGAGGCCUGGGGCACAUUGUUUCGGGCCUCAACCGAUUCGUUGUUUUGCCGCAUGGCAACGUCGGUUUAUUGGACACCUGAGCAACUUAGGAGCCGCAGCGUGACGGGAACCCUGUCUAACAAGUCCCGGGCAAAGGGGGUCACCGAGCCAAGGCCCGCUUUAACCCCCGAGAAGGUGGCCUCACUGAAAGCUCUCUUCGGAAUAUUCAUGGGCUGCGAUGUCCCGGAGGAAGAGCAAAAAAAAGGCUCAAGGAUGUGCUGAAGCAUCUCGCGCAGAAGCUGGGCGACGUGCGGAGAAAGUGA